AUGACUCCUCCGGUUGCCUCGUUUUCCUCUGUGUUUUCCCUCUUCAUCCUGCAUAUGAGUCCAGUGUCUGCUGCGGUAGGAAAAUAUCGCCUGGGGUCAAGAAGUGCGGAAUCACGUCCUGCUCUGGAUAAGCCUCUACUUGUCAUCCAGGUGGGGAGCAUCGUUGCAUCCUACGUGAUCUUUGUUGCCUUCCUGCUAGCACUGGUCUUGUUCGUUGGGCGACGACUGCGUCGGACAGUUCAGUCAUCUCAAUACUCGCUUCAUAUGGAAAUGCUGAAGCCUCUGAGACCUCCAGACAGCAUCGAUCCAAGCCCCAUUACUCCCGUUACACACAACCUCCCUAGCCCCACUACCCGGUCAAGUGCCUUUGCCUCUUGGGGCAGCAUUCCCAGAGGAGGUCGACCUUCACAGACCUCUAUCAACGGCAGUAUGGUUACCGUGGAUGAAUCCGUUGUUGCUUCCGAUCGGCAGAGGGCCGAGGAUGAGAUGGAAAGAUUAUAUGCAGCGGUCAUGGAGCAUGAUGCCCAGAAGGCUGCUGGCGUCAAUGUUGCGCCCACGAGGGACUCGGACUCGCUGACCCAUUCACCGGACAGCCAAUACACCAAUCCCUUCACCGACCGUGCAGCCUCGCAAGUCUCGGUAUCGGCACCAACGGUGCCCCCGGAAUCCCCAAGACAUUCCAACCGACUGUCCAAGUUAUUCAGCUCGAAAUCAGCAACCCCUUCCAAUCUUGACGCAGGAAAGCUCAAGUCUCCAAAGUUCCCUAUUCGAAAGCUGGGCAUCUCAUCUCCUUUGGCCUCGCCAAAUGUCCAGGCAAGCCAGUCCUUCAACCAGGAACAUCCGCCCAUGUCCCCGAGAUUUUACACUCCUGGCCCCCCUCCGAGUGCACCCCGGGCAGGACCGGCAAUCAGACCAGUCAUGGCUCCUCCGACUCGCGGACGUGUUCCUGCUCCGCUUAGUCUGACUACCCCUACACAAGACCCUUCUCCAUCUUCAUCGUUGCCAUUCCGCCAGGCCUAUCCCCAGCAGAGUGCACCGGCGACGAAGACAACUUUCCUGGAGCGGCCCGCCAAGAAGAACGGACCUAUCACUGGCAUGCCUACGCCUUAUAGUCCUUACAUGCCUUUUACCCCUGUGACCCCUUUUACUCCAGGACGAACAGUGACUAGGCGCCAAAGGAAGCGUGAAGAGAAAGGCACCAGCCUUCGUGCCUUGAAUGAAGAUGACUUGGUCCAAGAUGAACGUGACAUUUGGGCUUAG